AUGGGUGGUGGUCCGAAAAACCCUGAGGCCUCGCCGUGUCUCAAGACUGUUGGCGCAUCAUCGCAGUCUCCUCCGUGCGACGAGAACGAUGCCCGGCAUAUCGAAAGCCGUGAGAAUACCGAAGCGGAUGAUACGGACGAUGAGACAGCCAGUCCACGACCACAGAUACUCUGUCCGGCCACUACCUCUAAAGACUGUCCUGCGACCUCGGAGGAGGCCUCUGCCCAUCCCCACAAAAGCCUGCUCCUCAGCCGCGGUCACAACGGCGGAAAUCGGUGGAGAGGGUCGCCAGAAGCGCCAAAAGAGAAAGCAGAGCAGGAGGCCUCCCAUUCAAAAGAAGACAACAAGGACUCGAAUCCCGACCCCGAGGCGGCGCCGACCAGUGUGGAUGAAACGCCAGAUGACACACAGCAGGCGGCUCCCAUCGAGACCGCUCCCGAGGAGACAGCUUCCAAGAAGGCGGAGGCUGGGGGCGCUUUCGAGGAGAUAACUCACGAGGGGGAGGAGGCGGAUCGCCACAAGACCGGUCAUGAGAAAAUAUCUACCGAGGUGGCGGACGAAAAUGCAGAUGUCGCUCUCGACGAGGCUGCCGUUACCCAGCAGGAAUCAGCCCAGGACAAGACGAAGUCUCAGUCCAAGAAAAAGCCCAAGACUAAACUGCCGGUCCUUGUCGAAUUCAGGGAGCUGGAUGACCAGAGUCUGGAUAAAAAGGGAGACAUUUCCAAAGAGGAGUACACUCGAUGUCAAAGCAAGGACCCCUCGAUCGGCCGCAUCUACCACUACCUGGCCAUUCUAGCGCAGCCCCGGACUCGAAUUUCGCCUGACGAACAAUUCCACGCCACUGUGUCCCAUCUUUUCUACUACACCAAGUCCCUCGUCGUGAAAGCCCCGGUUUUCGCCGCGCGGGAGUCCGUGUCGACCCUUAUCAAACCGAUUGUUGCCCGGAAUGAGGAGGAAGCCGAGAAGCUAGCUAGCGACCCCCAGACCGAUAAAGACCACUUCCUUACCGCUGUUUCCCAUCUGAUUCUCGCUUCCCUAGAGCCCGAGAUCCUCAGGGGAAAAGGCUGCAAGGAUAGGAGGAACGAUCACCUUCAGACUGUCUACGCGGCACUGAAGAAGAUCAAGAUUGGUGCAUCUGCCACGACAUCCAGAAGUUGUCCAAGAUAUGUGCCGGCCCUAUAG